ACCUCCAAGCCAUUUGCAAUUUUCUGUCUCUCUGGUUUGAUUCCAUUCUCGCUGUUUGUUACUGGUGAAGUGAACUGCCGAUAUUGUUUAAAUUUGUAUUACUAAAAAUACAUAUUAUUGAAGACUUUUGAUAUUACUGGUGCCUAUUCAUAAGGUGUGUAAUUAUCGCUUUAAAAAUAAAGAACAUUUAAUAUAUUAAGAAAUUGAACGUGUGAUUGAGCUGUUGAUAACAAGUGUGUUUGUGUGUGUUGAAGGCGCCAGACUUACUUUGUAUUGGAACAACAAGUAACUUAAUAAUAUUUCAUAAAUUAUGUCUAGCAGAAAUGAAACUCGAAUCUAUGUAGGUAACUUACCUCCUGACAUUCGUACAAAGGACAUUGAAGAUUUAUUUUAUAAGUUUGGUAAGGUUAUGUUUGUUGAUCUUAAAAAUAGGAGAGGGCCACCUUUUGCUUUUGUAGAGUUUGAGGAUCCAAGAGAUGCAGAAGAUGCUGUACAAGCUAGAGAUGGCUAUGAUUAUGAUGGUUACAGACUUCGUGUGGAGUUUCCACGUGGUAAUGGCCCAAGUGGUUUUCGAGGAAGCCGAAAUGGCAGUUCGUCUUCAAGAGGAAGAGGCCCUCCUGCUCGACGAUCUCAAUAUAGAGUCCUUGUAACAGGACUUCCUCCAUCUGGCAGCUGGCAAGAUCUUAAAGAUCACAUGCGUGAAGCUGGAGAUGUCUGCUUUGCUGAUGUUUACAAAGAUGGGACUGGAGUUGUUGAAUUUUUGCGUUAUGAAGACAUGAAAUAUGCUUUCAAAAAAUUGGAUGAUUCGAGAUUUCGCUCUCAUGAAGGUGAAACGUCAUAUAUUCGUGUACGAGAAGACUAUUCAGAAGGAAGUGGUAGUGGAGGUGGAGGGUACAGUCGUCCUGUUGAAAGAGGUGACAGUAAUGGCAGAGGAAGAUCACGAAGUAGAAGUUAUUCUCCCAGAAAUAGAGCAUCUCCUACAUACUCACCAGUAAGACGUAACUAUUCCCGUUCAAGAUCACGUUCUUAAGUGGAAGUGGGUCCAAAUCUGGAACUGUCAUGUAACAUAAAAGCUACCUAAAAUCAUUUCAACUUUAAUUUUGCUUUUUUCCGUGUUUUUAUACUGAGACCUAGUAGGCAAGGUAAUAAGUUUUACUUGGUAAAACAUUUAAGGACAUGUUGCAUGACUUGCAAAGUGUAAGUUAAAAUCAGUUAAUUUUUAAAAUUUUAAUUUUGUUUAGACUGAGUUUGUAAUAGUUUUUGUGAACAUUUAGUGAUCAUUAUAACAUCAAUUGUACAAUUAC